AUGUCAAGUGCAGCUCAAAUCAAACCAGAAGAUAUAAUAAAACAUUUAGAUCAAGCUCGUGAAGUUGCAUUUUCAAAUCCAGAAAGUUAUCCUGCUAUCUUUAGACAAGUUUUAUUAUUCACUAAUAAUCCAAAUAAUUCAAUUCAAUUAUGGUGUGUUAAAUUCAUUUAUGAUUCAUUUAUAAAUAAUACUAUAUUAAAUCAUUCUGAUAAAGUAGAUUUAGCCAUUGAUUCAUUAGAUGCAUUAUUUACUUUAUCAAAUAUUAAAGAUUUACCGUUAUUUUUACAAAUUAUUGAUAUAUCUUGUAUUAUAUUUAAAUUAGUAUUUAAUUAUGUGGCAGAAAAUGAUGGUUGUAAUCAAGUUUGGAGUAAAUUAACUGAAUUAAAAAAUUCUUUAGUUAAUAAAUUUCAAUCAAAUUUCCCUUUAGAUCCAUCUGAUAAUCAAGAACAUGAUUUAUCAAGAAAUAUUAUAACAAAAAUUGAAUUAAUUAAAUUUAUUUUUAUUGUUAUUGAUUAUCAAUCAAAAUCAACUUUAAUAAAUACAAAUAAUGGAACUCCUCCUCCAGCAACUACAUUUUCAUUAAAUUCAGUUAGUCCAACUCAUUCAUUAAUAAAAUAUAAUAAUAUGGAAUAUGAAUCAACAGUUUUAUUAGAUAUGAUUUUAAAAACUUUUAAUUAUGAUAUUUUAAUACCUCAAUUAAUUUCAUCUAUAUUAAAUCAUUCUAUAAUUAUAAUGAGAAGAAAACCUCAAUAUAGUUCAAAAAUUUUAAAUAUUAUUGAAAAUUAUGAUUCAAUUUCAAAAUAUCAAUCAAAUUAUCAAUCUCUUGAACAAUUUAAAUUAUCCAAGAAAUAUGUUGAUAGAAUAUUUAGAAUUUUUAUUCAUCAUUGUUUAAGAAAUAAUUUAAUUCCUAAUAAUUAUCAGAAUUCAUUAACUAAAAAAGCUCAAACUUUACAAGACAGAGGUAAUGAAAUUAGAAAAAAGAAUAUAUUUGCCAUUGAAGAACCCAAUCUUAAAAAGAGAAAAUUCGAAGGAUUUUAUAAUCCAACUAAAAGAUUAAAAGUGGUGGAUUAUUCCAAUUUAUAUAGUUUAAAUGAAACUAAUAAUCCUUUGAAUACGUUUAAUAUUUCAACUGUUCCUCAAUUUAUUUUAAAUAAUAUGGUGGUGAAUGCUUUACAAAAAUCAUCAGUAAGUAAAUUAUCUAAAGCUUUGGAAAUUAUUUCUGAUCGUUAUAUUAAUGCUUUGAAUACUGCGGGGACAAAUAUUAAUUCACAAUCUGCUACUCCUACAUUCAGACCUCCAAUACCGAAUAAUAAUAUUAAUAAUAAUAAUAAUAAUAAUGGAUAUCAACCAACACAACAAUAUCAAGGUCAAUUACCACCUCCUCAGAAUCAACAACAACUUAAACCAUAUGAACCUCCUGGUGGUUAUGAUUAUACUACAAAUGGAAAUGGUAAUGGGUUUGGUAAAGGUGGUGAUGAAUAUGGUGACGAAGAAGGUGAAGAAGAAGAUGAAGAAGAUACUUACGAUCCUGAAACCAUAUAUACUUUACCACCACCAAAGGAUCUUUCGUUCCAAGAUAAAAAAGAUCAAAUUAAUAUUAUAAUUCAGAAUUUCUUUAGAUUAGCGAAGAAUCCAACAUUAGCUAAUAAAGUUGAUGUUGAUGAUGAUGAAGAAUUAAAAAUUAAACCUGAUGAUGAUGAAAAUGUUAAAGUUAAUAAAGAAUUAACUAAGAUUGCCAUUAAAUCAUGGAAAAAGGAUAGUUGGAUUAUUUUAUUAACUAGAUUAGCUACAAGAGGGAUGAGAAGUUUAACUGGAAGUUCAAGUGAUGAAGAUAAAAUAUCACCUGAUGAUAAAAUUAAUCAAGAAUUAAGUGAUAUGAUUAGAAAUUCUAUAUUUGAAUAUUUCCUUGAAAAUAUUCAUGGUAGAAUUGAUAUUAUAAUUAAAUGGUUAAGUGAAGAAUGGUAUAGUGAAAAAGUAUUUAAUGAAGAACUUGAGAUUAAAAAAGCGGUUAAAUUAAAUCAAGGUAAAUCUGUCAAACUGUUACCACCGAUUAAAACUCCAAUUUAUAAUAAAUGGGCUGGAAAAGUUUUAGAUGCUAUGAUUCCAUUUUUAGAACCAAGUGAUAGAAAGAUUUUCAUUCGUUUAUUAAGUGAUUUACCUUAUUUAAAUGAAGAGUUAGUAGGUGGGAUAAAAUCCUUAUGUUAUGAUCCCGUUAGAAUUAAGAUUGGAUUUCUUUCCUUACAAUUCUUAAUUAUGUAUAGACCACCCGUCAAACAAGCAUGUCUUAAUAUCUUAAAGGAGUUAAGUGAAAGUGAUCAAGAAGAUUUAAAGGAAGAAGCUAAAAAAUUAUUGGAUAAAUAUAAUUAA